UUCAUCUCUCACCGGUCAGCGGCAGUGUGGUCUACUUCACAGCUUUCAAAUAAUAUUUCCCUCAUGUACUUCAAAGACAAUAACAACAGCUGAACUGCCAUGGACUUACUGUACAUGUUUAUCCCAGAAGAUGGCGUGAAGAUGACUUAAAAAUAUAUAUAUUUUUCCCGGGCUAUUCUUCGCAAAUCUUUAAAAUGUUUAUCUUUUUGAUAGGCUAGUUCAUCAGUGUCACUACUGACUUACGGCAUUAUUUUAAUGCACCUUGGUGGACUAUUGCGUAUGAAUCACGGGCAAGAGAACACCACUACUGAACACAAAGCUUAUGAAGUGACAGGCUAAUGAAUGCAUUUCACUCAAUGGAUUUUUAUAUUUAGCUUUCUGUGACGCUCUAUCAGCCAACUGCAAGCAGAGUCGAGAAGAACAAGCAGGACCGAAUGCGCUGUGUUGCCUGUCAUUUUGGUGUUCUCAAAGAGUAAAUCGGAGACAUUUUAAGUCAAGAAGGAAAAACUUGGAUCAUUUUGUGAGAACUCGCAUACAUGUAAUGUGGUGAGGGCGUUGUGGAAUAACGCAAAUAGGCCUAUACAAACUGGUCGGAAAAUGAUGGCCGGUGGAGCAGUUGAACAAAACGGGAUAUUCUUGAAUCCUCUUCAUCACAAUCAACAGCCCUACAUGGAGUCAGAUCCCCCCGACUCUCGUAAACGACCACUAACUCCGACGGAGGAGGACUGUUGUACCAAGCGCACAAACACGGGAGAGGAGGGUGAGUACUUCCUGAAGGUGCUGAUCCCCAGCUAUGCAGCCGGCUCUAUAAUUGGCAAGGGUGGCCAGACCAUCGUACAGCUGCAGAAAGAGACGGGCGCCACCAUCAAGCUGUCCAAAUCCAAAGACUUCUACCCAGGAACCACAGAGCGGGUGUGUCUGAUACAGGGUACGGUCGAGGCGCUAAAUGGUGUCCACAGCUUCAUCGCGGAGAAAGUCCGCGAGAUGCCCCAGAGCGCCCAGAAAACAGAGCCAGUCAGCAUACUGCAACCACAGACCACUGUCAACCCCGAUCGCGUCAAACAGGCUAAGUUAAUAGUGCCCAACAGCACGGCUGGGCUGAUCAUCGGUAAGGGCGGGGCCACAGUCAAGGCGGUGAUGGAGCAGUCGGGUGCCUGGGUCCAGCUGUCCCAGAAGCCUGAAGGCAUCAACCUGCAGGAGCGCGUGGUCACGAUCAGCGGGGAGCCCGAGCAGAACCGUAAAGCCGUGGAGAUCAUCGUGCAGAAGAUCCAGGAGGACCCUCAGAGCAGCAGCUGCCUCAACAUCAGCUACUCCAACAUCUCAGGCCCCGUGGCCAACUCCAACCCCACCGGUUCCCCCUAUGCCAACUCGGCUGAGGUCCUUCCCAACGCCGCUGCGGCUGCUGCCACUGCCUCCAGCCUUCUAGGCCAGGCCGGCCUGGCAGGAAUGGGCGGCUUCCCGGGAACCAUGUCCAGCUUCUCUGGCAAUGACCUGCUGGCCAUCACCUCGGCCCUCAACACACUGGCCAGCUAUGGCUACAACACCAACACCCUGGGCCUGGGCCUCAACCCCGCCGCUGCCUCCGGGGUCCUGGCCGCCGUGGCUGCUAGUGCUAACCCAGCUGCUGCUGCUGCCGCUAACCUCCUGGCCUCCUAUGCCAGCGAUGCCUCUGGCUCCGGCCAUCCUGCUGUUGGUCUGGGGGGCUUCUCCCUGGGCUCGCUGGCUGCCGCCACGGGGGCCUCCAACGGCUACCUGAAUGCCUCGUCACCACUGAUGGCUUCCUCCCUGCUGGCCGCAGAGAAGCUGGGAGAAGGGGCCAAGGACGUGGUGGAGAUUGCUGUGCCCGAGAAUCUGGUGGGCGCCAUCCUGGGGAAAGGCGGGAAAACGCUGGUUGAGUACCAGGAGCUGACGGGAGCUCGCAUCCAGAUCUCCAAAAAGGGAGAGUUCAUACCUGGCACGCGGAACCGUAAAGUUACCAUAACAGGGUCACCCGCGGCAACGCAAGCCGCCCAGUAUCUGAUCAGCCAGAGGAUCACGUAUGAGCAGGGUGUGCGUGCCACCAACCCACAGAAGGUGGGCUAAAUGGGGGAAAAAGGAUGUAAUAAAGGAAAGAUGGAGACAGAGAAAAGAAAGGGAAUCAAGGGUCACGGAGAGAGGAAAAAACGUCCAAAUAUCCAUUCAAUAUUUCAGUAUUAAAAAGAGAAGGUGACAAAGAAGGAGGUGAGGCAGAGAGAAAACCGGGAUACGUGUGUGUGAUUGUGAUUGUGUUUUUAGGACUGAGGUUGUGAUGUUUUUUAAAAGUGGUGUCGAGUCCUUUUGAUGACGAGUAAAGCUGAACUGGUCCACUGCCAAGCAGCAGAGUCAGGGGUGAGUCCACACGAUUUCACCCCCUUCAAAAACCUCACAGCUGGGUUUGUUUUUGGAUUUCGUUCUCUUCUGAUUUUCUUUUCUUUGGCUGUGUUGAUUUUUCAGCUUCAGUUGUAGAUCUCCGCUCCCGGUGAGUUGAGGUUCCGGACAGGCUUAAAGAGCAGAGAUAGCGUUUUGCUCAUGCCUUUUUGCUUUGAUGUUAACCUCGCUCCAUGUGAACAAAGCAAAAGGCCUUGUUUACAUGAGAGAGGUAAAAUGACGAGCACCAGAGGUCAUCCAAUACCAUUUGGCAACCAUUUUAAUCUAAAUUCUUAAUGGAUAUCAGAAUAUUAAUGACAUGCCACUGUAUGGUUCAUAUCAAAAUUGAGGUUUUAACAAUUCGGUUUUUAUCCUUUUUAUUUUCCUCAAUUAUUUAUUGAAAUAUGGUCUCAUUCAAACACAUAUAGAUUAUUUAAACCUGUGAAUUCGGGUUGAUAUGAAUGUAAAGACAUUAUUAUUGUUAUUUUGUUAUUAACGAGGAUCAAAUUUUGAGUUGCAGUGACAGAUAUGUAUAGUUUUCACCCAGAACUGCACAGGACUAGUGUAGAUCAGGGGUCAAAUGUUCAAUGUGAGAGGAUAGAGACACGCAGGAAUGUACACAUACACAGGAACAGACACACAUUCAUACAUGUUUACCGCCACCAACAUACACACCACUUUUGGUGCUACGAAAACAUAACUACAGAUCUCUAGGCCUAUAUUACCUGUAUCACCUAAAUUGAAAAUCCCUUUGGAGAUUGCUCUCCCUCUCCUUGAUUGUAAGAUGCCAAGCAUUAUUCACUUAUCUGUAGUUUACGGGAUCUAGUUCUGCCUUUAUAUAUUUGACCCCGCUAGUUCUCCUUCAGCUGCCAUGGCAAACUGUAUCUUGUACCACCGUGGACAGUUUAGAUAACGUAGUUACUGAUUUUUUUUUUUUAUCCUAUUGUCAUGAAUUAGCCCGGUACUUUGAGUUCGCCAGCCGAUAUUGCGCCUUGGGACAUGCUCCUAUGUAGAAAUUUGAAUAACCCCCCAUGGGACGGAGCAUCAUACCCGAGAGGGAAGCCAGCACUAUACACAGCUUGGUAUCUUACAUUACCUUUUCAAUUGAAGAAUCUAACCGGAAGAGUCCCGAAGGGAACAAAGCAGUCUUGUUAAGAAAAGCAGUAUAGAACGUUAUCUGUGAGCGAGGAGAUGAUUGCUUUAUAUCAGAAUGGCUGGUAGUCAAGAGAGACACUAAUGAGAAAGAAAUUGACUCACCAUGAAACAUUUGGCGUUUUCUGUGAACCAUUUUUCUCAACCAGAGUCAAUACCAAUAUGGAGUCAAGCAGUUUAUGCAGGUGGUUAGUCCAACCUGUUAUCUUGCCUAAAGCAGACAUUGACACUAGCUUACAUUGGCAGUAGUGCAUAAUGCGUUGCCCAAACAUUUAUCUGACAUUCUGUAAGGAUAAUUGUUUGGCAAAAACGCAGGAAGGGUAAUUGUCUUCUAGAACAUUCUCAAACACAAAGAUUAACCUUGCUUCUGCGCUGCUAUCCAUUGGUUUUCAUCCGAGUACACUGGGUCUCUUAUGACUGCACUGUGAGACACAACAAAGACACAACGCAAAGUGUGUCUGUCCCUUCUUGAGCCAAGGGAUCAUAUUUUGAAGUACAUAUCCAGGAUAUAGGCCUACAGCUGGUGCACUUACAUCGCAUGUUCUAGAGCAGGGAUGGGCCACACCAGUCCUCGGGGGCUUCUUCCCCAUCCCUAGCAAACACAGCUGAUAAAACUAAUUACAUUGUAAACUGAAGAUCAUGAUUAGUUGAUUAUUGGAGUCAGGUGUGUUAGCUGGGACAGAAGUGUGACACCAAUCAGGCCCCAGAGGACUGGAGUUGCCCAUCCCUGUUCUAGAGCAAAACCAGCUGAGCAGCGAGAUAAGGAACAGUUCCACAAGAACAUCCAUAAUGUGAUGUCUUGGAGAUAUUUUGGUUUACCAAUAAUAUUGCACAACAGAGAGCUGCUACUGGACGUUUUUUCUACUGAUCAGUCCAGAGUCAUCAGUCAACCAUAGUGUCUUUUAUUAAGGUCUGUGCUAUCCGGGAUCCUUGGCAUGUCCCUAACCCAUUGAAGUUGAAAUGAAAAAUGGUUAAGGUAAGGGUUAAGGUAAGUGUAGGGGUUAGGGUAGGGACAUCCCAAGGAUCCCGGAUAGCAUUGACCCUUUUAUUAACCCAAAUGACUCCUAUGACAUUUAUUUUCCUGCAUUGCAGUCCCUGUAUCCUAUUCUGACCCUCUUUUCCAUUUCACAAAUGUAUCCAUAGACUUAUGUAACCAGAGCUCUGGGAUCGGCUUCCAAUAAUACAGGACCAGGAAUGAUAGUGUCAGAGAAAGAAACAGCAGCACUCCCCUUACAGUGAAAUGACGAGGCUCCUUCUUGAGACAGAAUUGACCUUUACCCCACCUUACUAACAACUCUAUGUUUGAGCGCUCCGCAUGGCACCAGCCACGAGCCCCAUUACCUUGACUCACUGAAUACACGUUUCUCUUUCAUUGUAUUUCUGACGGGAUGUGCUGUGACUUUUAAUAGUAGUCAACGGCACACUAGUUACUUGAAAUGAAAUGGCACUCCAGUUAAAAUAUCUGUAACUUCUUUCACCUGUGGGGUUCAAAACCUUCAUAUUUUAGCCCUAACCUCACAACAUUUUAAUGCUGAUUUAAAAUACAAGCACAAAUCAAGGUGGAUUUAAUAAUAGAAGCAAUGCAACUACGCUUGGUUUAGAGAGAGACUACUCCAGAGCUGUCUGAUCUGUACACUGUACCAACUCCUCUCUCUCCAUUCAUUACUUUUCCUCCUCUUUCUUUAGACAUUUCCCCACCCUACAUGUGCUCUUUUUGGUCUAUUUUAAAGUCCUCCUAUAUAGAGAUUACCUUUUCUCUCUCCUCUGCACUGCUCUCCUUCUUUCUGUCUUGUCUACUCAUAGGCGCUGACGUCUGGGAGUUGCAGGGAGUGCCGAAGUGAUUGAUAGGAGUUAUGCACUAUAGGUCAGAAGGGUAUGCAAAUAUUUUCACAGCCCAUAGAGUUCACCAGUCAAAAAUGCACAGAUAUCACCUGCCUCCAAACUGUGACAACCCACAAGACCAACCAGCAACAUUGGUUCAAACUUCGGUAUCAAAUUCCCCACUAAAAGAAGAACAAGUAGGAUUUAGACAGGCUUACACCGUGAUCUAUGACCUUCCAGGGGAAGGGAAAGCAAAAUAGGAAGGCGAAUCUUGGUUGAAUGAGAACAUGUCUGUUGGUUGACCAAACAGAGCUUCUAUUUCAGCCUCAUAACAAAAGAAAGCAGGAGUUUAUUAAAAAAAAGUAAAUGAGAGAGAGAGAGAAAGGUGGGAACUCGUUCGUGACCUCAUGCUGAAACAGUGACAUCCUUUAUGCAUAUCCUCUUAUCUGAAAAAUGACUAGAAAUUCAUUUCUGUGGAAUAUGUCAUGUCAACAUGAUCUAUAUGUACUUAAUUGUAGCUAUUCUAGUUUGUAGUCCAAAUGCAGUCCAGCGUCGUCAAUACAAUGUGAAACUCUAUGUUAUCUUUGUGUGGAUGAUGAAGAGUGCCAACUAACCCUGAUUAAGAUUAGCUUUGCGAUUUGUUUGUGCAUUACGAUGACUCAUCAUCGACAGGUGGCGUUCAUAUUUCUGUUAUUGAGGAUUUAGUUUGACCGUAAGAAAAAUUUAAAGAAUAUUGGAAGCAAUAUAGUAGCAUGUUGUCCUGUUUUGUGUUUUUAUUAUGUCUAUUGUAUGAACCUUUGAAAUUACUAAGAUUUUGAAUGAAUAGGUUUACAUGUACUUUUUGUAAGUUAUGAAAAUGCUGCUAUUUGAUAAGUAAAAUAUAAAAAAUAUUUUAGUUGAAAAUAUGUCUGGUCUGUUGAUAAGAAACAUGCUCUAAAAGACAGGGGCGUAAAACGAGGUGUAUAGAAUACUAUACAGUAUUGGUAAGAUAGUAACAGUAAUAAUUGUACCUGUGCCAAACUAGACCUCUGCAGCUUCUGAAAUUGUAGAUGUGCGAUCAAAUGUUAGAUAUCAAUAACUUGUUUAGAAGUGCUGAUCAAGUGCCAAUCAAACAAUGUUUUUCAGUUAAGAAAAGAUAAUCGUAUAUAUUACUUCAGAAAACGAUGGACAAAUAACUAUUUUGUGCAUUGUUUUACCCCAUAGCUACAUAGAGUAAGAGAUAAAGAUUGUGAUUUUUAUGGAUCCAUGUUGUUUUACACUCCAUGCAUCCCCUGUGUGUUCGUUUGACCUGUGGCUUAAGCACUGCUGUUUUUCACAAAUGUCUCUAUAGGCCAGCAUGGACUAAGCAUAACAUGUUAUAAGCAUUCAUAACAUAGUCAUUAACAAUCAGACAAAAUGUGUUUCGUGGAGUUAGGUGUUAUCUUUUUGCACGUCUUCUAUUGCAUGGUAUCAAAGUGAAAAAUUGAGGGAGAAAACUAAAUGGAAAAAAAAUGGAGGUUUUCUCGCAACAUUCAAAGACAUAAAGUUGCAUGCAGUCAGUUGUAGAACACUUAAGUUAAAAUCACCUCAUAUUUAAAAUGUUUCAUGUCGUAAGUUGGGAGGGAGCCCAUUAUUGUCAUGUUGGCCCAAAUACAACACAUUUCAGAUCAAAUUCUCAUACAGUCCAUCUCUUUAUAUUCUAACAGACCAGGUUUUAUUUUCUUAAGGUACCAUAAGGAGUAUUACAAAUGUGAAACAAGCAAACGCGAAAAUGUUAUUCAGUGUUAUUCUUGAGUUUUGCUUUCUAGAAUACCAGGCAUUUUUUAAAUCAGGUUAAACCUCACAAAACCCGUGUAAUAUUUUUUAAAGAUUUUUUGUACCACAGUUUGAAUGCCCAAAUCUAAUCUAUGAAUGUAAUCCCAUUUGCUCAUUUUUUCAGUUGAAUGUUUAUCAGUCUUUUAAUGUGAAUUCAGGGCUGGAAUUUCAACUACAUGUAGAGUUAAGAUAUUAUGUCAAGAACCAAUUUCAGCUAUAGUCAGGUAGGCCAUAGUCAUAACCCAGAUAUGUUUUAACAACACUUCCGAUUCACUGUCAACAUUGUCCUGUUUGUUUGGUGUUGCAUAAAUGCACUUUACUGAUCAAUGGGUCAUACCUUUUUACAAAAUUCCAUCUCCUGUUAUUGGAUGUGAAACAAAGCAAACCAUGUUAACGUUCAGCCGUUUUUGUCAUUCUUUGCUGUUGCUCUGAUAUUGUUUGUUGAGGUUUUUUUUCUGAUCUUUUUGGGUCUCUGUGUAUCAGACUUCUCUGAAAAGGUGGCACCCGAGUCCACAUAAUAUGGUUUAUCCAUUUCCUUUUGAAAAUAUUUGUGUAAAUCACAAUGAGUGAAUCUUCUUUAAAAGAGGGAGAGGGAAUUUAGAGUGGAGCUGUUCCAUCUUGUCAUGUUGCAUUCUGCUGCCUUGAAGUCUAGAGGGCGGAAGUAUUUUUAUGAACAAAUUGGCAUUGAAAGCACGGUAAACCUCAUACAAUGUCUCUAUGUGGUGUUAUCAGAGAGUACAUGUUUGUUACUUUACAGAAUGCAAUCCCAAGGUCUUGCUGAUAUAAUUUUAGAUGGGAUACAAAUACAGCACCAGCAAAAUUUGAUUGCCUCGGUUAUACCGCUGUCAGUGUUGGUGGAUUGGACAACUCAACCUGUAAGAACCCUGUGUAACCUAAAACUAUUUUACCACUGCAUGCUAUGACUUUCUGUCUCCUCCUUCUGCCGUGCACUGCUACUAACCCCCACCACCCUUCUAACCCCUCCACUACUGAGUGCCAAACUAAGUCAACACCAUUCCAAACCUUCAGUUGUUUUAAAUAUGAUGUAGUCUGGACAUGCAUCUGACCCUCCAGGAUCUUCCUAAGGGAGGAUUCUAUCGAACUAUCAGACAGGACUAAGCCGGUUAAGGCUGCUUGCCCCCUCUUCUCCUCAACUCUCUCCAUCAUCUUUUCAGCCUACAUGACAUUAUGAUUAUGUGUGCCGUUGUGUCUGGCACCUGUCAUUGUAUUCACCCAUUGAAUGGGAAAUUAUUCUGAGCCCAUUCCUCUGAAUAGUGGGAGAAAGACAGGAUUUUUACCAACCAGCCACGACGCCAUCUCUUAUCUUUGACCCUCCCAUGAACUAAGUUGACCUUAUCCACCCUUUGCGUGCUCAUCUGCAUGUUUGGAUUAUUUUGACCCCAGAUUUAUUGCCAAAAUUAGCUGAGACUACAACUGUAUGAAUUUUCAUUUGGUUUUAAUUGUUUUCUUGUCAUCCGGACAAUUCUGCAGGGUUGAAGCUAACAAAUCUUGUCUGAAAAAAGCAUGACAAUGCCCUGCACACCUCUUCGGCUCCAUUGUAAAUAUUAUUUUGGGUUAGUUUUUCAUUUUAAUUUUGUAAAAAAAAAAGGUUUUCCAUCUUAAGAAAUGGACUGUCAGCAUAUGUAAUAUGUUGUCCUAAACUUAAGAGUUGGGUCAAUUGGAAUGACUCUGGUGUCUAUAUUGAGACAGAGAAGAUACCAUUUCAAAGUCCAGACCUCACUUGUCCUUUGACUGAAGCAUUUGCUUCGAUGCCUUUACACAGACACAGUCUCAAUCUUAAAGCUACAAGGGCAACAUUGUAUUUCCUUGUGCCAUGUCAGUGAAGUACGGGUGAGAGCCUUUUAUUGAGAUAUUUGCCAAUACGGGUGCCAAAUUAAAUCGGCACUGAGCCAAAAGCCAGCCAGCCUACACACUGAAGCUGUGGUAGCAAUGGGAUGGUUCACUUCCCAAUCCCAUAUCCCUCCCAAAACACUUAAUUGUUUGACAUUUGACUUGACAUGUCACUAUAUUCUAUGCUGCCAGUCAAUUUCUUGCUUUCCUCAGUGAAACAUCUCAGAAGCAGUUAAUUUUACAACAUUACACUGUUGCUCAAUGACAACAGCAACUAUCAAAAGGGAAUGAAAGUGUAUUUUUAUUAUCAGUUUAUCUGAGCAUCAUUCAUUAAUAGAUUUAAGGGUAAUGACUAUUUAAUGUAACUGUAGUAUUGUGUUUGUAAAAAAAAAAAAUCGGUGAGUUGUGUUUGAUGACUCGUGGACUACCAGUGAAGUCAGCAUUUCAGUGUUAAUAUAUUGAAUUGUUUUUUAAAGAUUAUUUUUGCGACAGCAACAGCAACAAAGAGUCAUUAUAAAUGUUCAUUUUAGCAUCA